AUGGCUUCCAUGGAUCCACUGCUGCUGGCAGCCGCGUUCUCGGGUUCCCCGGCAGCACUGCGCGUUCUUCUCGACGGGGAAGGCUCACCAGUGGACGUGAGGGCAGACAGGGUGCCAACUCCGGCAUUCCUGACGUUGCUGAAGCAUGGCGGCGCUGAAGAGGAGGACGCUGCCGUCGACAUUGCGUCGCUGCAAGCUUUCAAUACAGUACUGUCGCCCUCGCUCCUAGAGGGCGUCACCGCCGAGGGGAACACCGCGCUGCAUGUGGUGGCCACCAACGGAGACUGCGCCAGAUACCUGCAAAGCGCCACCUUCAUCUGCAGAAAGGCCAGGCACCUCCUCCACAAGGCCAACAGCAAUGGCGACACACCCCUCCACUGCGCCGCCAGGGCCGGGAGACCAUUCAUGGUCUCCCGCCUCAUCGACCUAGCUAAAUCCGGCGAUGUUGACGACGAAACUGCCGCGGGAGAGAGGCUCACCAAGUUCCUGAGAAGGGAGAACGGGUGCAGCGAGACGGCCUUGCACGAGGCUGUCCGCAUUGAGAGUAAUUAUAUUGUUGAGCUGCUAAUGGCGGCGGACUCGGAGCUGGCUUGCUUUCCGAGCCACGACGGCGCUUCGCCAUUGUACCUCGCCGUCCUGCAUGACCGGGUCGACAUUGCACAGACGCUGUACCAGAAGAGCGGUGGGUGUCUCUCCUACUUUGGACCGGAUGGACAAAAUGCCUUGCAUGCUGCUGCUCUUCGUAGCCAAGACACUCUAGUUGUUGGUGACAAGAACCCCAGAUUUGUGAUGAAUGCUGCUUUAAUAUAUUGUUGCGCUAAACUUGGCAAUCACCCAUUGGAUUGCUUUAAAGAACAAUACAUUCGAGUAGAGGAUGAAGAGAAAGAAUCAAAGAAACUGACAGCUUCAACUCAAACAUUGGGCAUUGGGUCAGUGCUAAUUGCGACCGUGGCGUUUAGUGCAAAUUUCACGCUACCAGGGGAUUACAGUGGGAAUGGCAUGCCAAAUCUGUCUGGGAGGUAUGUUUUUGAUGCAUUCAUUGUGGCCAACUCUCUUGCGUUCAUGUGCUCUGGUUUGGCCACCAUCAACCUCAUGUACGCAGGGACAUCUAUCGUCGAUGUGCCUUUGCGUGGUAAACACUUACAAAUAGCUGUAGCCUUUGCAGUUUGCUCGGUCACAAGCUUGUCUACAGCUUUUGUAUUAGGCCUAUAUGUGGUCUUGGACCCAUUUGCUCAUAUGACUUCCACUAUAGUGUCUGUGGUAGCUUCUUUUGUGUGUCUGUGUGGAUACAUAGACCCCUUGCGAGGGCAGGCUGUAGCAAGAGCCUUAUUUCAUAGAAUGGGAUACCCAGCACUGGCAAUAUCCGCACGCAUUCUCAUCACACAGACAAUGAUGGUGUUUUGGCCCAUGAUUGCGAGCUUCGCUUGGGCAGCAAUUUCAGGAAAAGAUCGUCACAAGAAAAAAGCCUGAACAUGUGGUGGCAUAUGAGAGGAGGUAGUAUCAGUUCACUAGUUGGCAAUCUUCAACUUGUGUGUCAUUUCUCCAAAAUAAUGUACCAUCAUUUUUGUUUACUUGUC